GGGCGGGCGGUGUUGGAAGUUGCUCUUCCCCCCCCCCCGCCCCACGGAAAGAGUGAGUAAGACAGACAGACAGACAGACAGAGAGAGAGAGAGCAGUGGAAAGGUUUCUCUGGUGUUUUGUCGGCCCACAUCCCGAUCUCCGUGAACAGACCUAGUGAAAGGGGGGAAGGUGGGGGGGUGGGUUCUCGGCGACAUGGAGCGCUGGAAGGGACGCGUGGCUCUGGUAACCGGAGCCUCGAUGGGGAUCGGCGCGGCUAUCGCCCGGGAGCUGGUUCAGCACGGCAUGAAGGUGGUGGGCUGUGCCCGGAGUGUGGAUAAAAUUGAGAAACUAGCAGCGGAAUGUGAGAGUGCUGGCUACGCAGGUACCUUGGUCCCGUACAAGUGUGACCUAACCAGCGAAGAGGAGAUCCUCUCUAUGUUUUCUGCCAUCAAGACACUGCACCAGGGUGUGGAUGUGUGUAUCAACAAUGCAGGACUGGCCCAUCCUGAACCGUUGUUAUCGGGGCGGACAGAAUUUUGGAGGAACAUGAUUGAUGUUAACGUGAUAGCAAUGUCUAUCUGCACCCGAGAGGCCUACCAGUCGAUGAAAGAGCGGAAUAUUGAUGAUGGACACAUUAUUAACAUCAAUUGUUUGAGUGGCCACCAAGUGUUCCCGGUCACAGCCACCCAUUUCUACGCAGCUACAAAGUUUGCAGUAACUGCCCUGACUGAGGGGUUAAGGCAAGAGCUCCGAGAAGCCAAGACGCACAUAAGGGCCACGUCUGUAUCUCCAGGAUUGGUGGAAACAGAGUUUGCAUUUAGGCUUUAUAAUAAUGACCCAGAAAAAGCUGCAGCAAUAUAUGAGAACCUUAAGUGUCUGAAGGCAGAGGAUUUGGCCAGUGCUGUUGUUUACAUCUUGAGUUCACCUCUUCAUGUUCAGAUUGGAGACAUUCAGAUGAGACCUACAGAGCAGCGGACAUAGCAGCUAAGAAAGGAGCAGCCACAGUUGUCAAUCGGCAAAAUAGAUAAUGGCAUGAGACCUCUGCUGGACAGUUUUUUCAAAAAAAUGUGAUGCUAAGGGUUGUGUGACGUCCCAUUUCAUUUGGCCCUGCCUAACUGGCAGAAUUCACCUUUCAUUCUCCAAGGAAAUAUUGUUUGCCUGUACUGAGAAAUCUGCUGUAGGAGCAGAACAUGUUAGAAUUAUUUUAUUUCAGGGCAAACCUUUUAACUUGAUUUUAUGUCUUUUGCUUCUGAUUGCUGCAGAUCAUUUUUAGUGCCAACUGUAGCAGUAAAGAUAUAAAAAAUAUAUGAAGGAUGAUUGUGCUGCAUAUAUAUAUGUGGAGAAAAUGAUUCUUGACCACCUGGCUUUCUAUUUUACUGGAUAUUUGUUUUAUGCUAAACCAUGCUAACAGUUAUGUGACUUCUUGUAGGUGUGCAUAUCUGUUGAGCUCCAUUCUGGUUUGCACUGAGAAUCCAUUACUACAGUUGGGUGAAAAUGUUAACUGUUUUGAAGGAGUUAUUUUAUGGGGCAUAAUUGAUAACUAAUUGUAAUAAGUAACCAGUCUCAUUGCUACAUAGUGAUGACAUUAAUUACUUUUAAUAUGAUUUCAUUGCUGCUUCAUUAUGGAUUAGAAUAAUAUUAUGAACCAGGAAACAGUUGGUUUAUCUAGUUUUUAUAUAUAGUUUUUUUUUAAAAAGGAAAAGCCUAGAUCACUAGAAUGUUAACAGGGCACUGAAUAUGAUCCAAAACAAACUAAAGGUUCCUCACUUUUUUUGAAUCUCUUAACUUUUUUCAUUUUAAUUUUUACUAUUCCACUAUUUUCUUUUUUCAAUGUUCCUUGUACAGAAGGAAGGCCUAGCAAUAAUAAUUGCACCUAGUGGCUUACUGAAGGACAUUUGCCCAUUGCCUUUCAUGACCACCUUCACCUUUGUCUAAAACUAAGAGGCUUCUCUAGUGGUUUAAUGCCAUUGAAGCCUAGACCAACUGGACUAGAGUACUAUUGGUUGUCACCUAUUUGUAAUUCUUGAAUUUAGCUGCUGAGAAUUCCUGCUACUAGGUUUUCUUUAUAACUUCAACAAUGUUAGAGAAGGAUGUGCAUAACUCUCAAAGGUUUCCCACUGAGGAAUAUGUAAUUCUGUAAUUUAUAAUAGUAACUCCAUUUCAAGCACUGAACAAUGCUGUGCUUCCUCUUGGAAUCCAUAUCUUGUUCACUGCUUAGUGAUGUUCAGUCUUUGCGGUCAGAUUGCUGUAAUGUGGCUCUUUGAAGGUGGUGUCACCUUGGAAUAUACCACAACAGGCAAAUAAAGCCACAUUGACAUGAAAAGUUAACUUUGUUUCACUCUCCACAGAUACUGCCAGACCUACUGAACAUUUCCAGCAUUUUCUGUUUUUAUAUUAAAUAGAGCCACAUUCGUAGGAACUAUAUACCACAGAUGAACGCUCAGUUAACCCAGAAUAAUGUGAUAGUUUAGCGCAGAUCUGCAGUGCUUAGUUAAUAAACAUUUGUGGUCUUGUCUGUGGUGAUGUAUUUCCAGGUGACAUCAUCUUUAUUACAAAGAGGCCACCAUAUGGGAGUAGAGCAGAUAGUAUGCAAACUUGCAUUGGACAUCAAUUAGCUGAUUUCCAGAAAUGCUUCACUCCCAAAAUUGUGCUGCCUGGUAAUCCAGAUGCUAAUUUACUUUAAAUUCGCUUAUUCCCUAAAGAAUAAAAAUAAAAAGGGAAAUGCAAAUUUUAAAGAUACCUAUAUCUUAGAAAAAAACAGGCAUCUUCUAUUGAUCAUGUUUUCUCUACCUACAUGCGAGAAAAUCACAGUGGUUUAAUUUGGGACUUAAAGUUGUGUCAAGUCCCAUUAACCCCAGCAAGAAAAAAAUGACAAGUUUGCAGGUUUUAAGGAGCACCUUUUUUUUUCCAGUUUUGGCAAUAUGACCUUUAUCAGGAUUUCACUGUGUGGCAUUGCCACUUUAACAGUGAAAGCUAACAGAAAGGGAGCAUACUCAACAAUUUAUUUUUUAAAAUAGAGAAUGAGCUGCUCUAAGGUAGCCCAGAGGAUUCUGUAAAGGUGAUACCUAGUCCAUUUCUCAGUUCUGAUUGGUCCCAACUGGCCUGAAAGUCACUUUCCAACUACUUGUAGCAGCCAGCCCUGAAACUUUGUGAAUCACCUUGUACUUUGAGGUUCUUAGCUCCACAUAUAAUUCAUGUACAAAAUUUAGACGCAGUUUUGCCUUACCCUGCACAAUUAGCAUUUUUUAAUAUAAAAUUAAUAAUUUAAAGAAAGGGAAUAUGUGUGAUAAAACUUCAGCCACUCUCCUCUUCACUGAAGUAUGCUACAGAUUUCCCAGUUCAAGCUGCUGACAUUGUUUUUUUUCCCCUGCAGUCCUGCUGGGUAUUUCUAUAUGUUUGCUCCCUCAACUCAAAGAUGAUAACUCUUAUUGUGGGGGCCAGUGUGAGAAAGCCAGGUGAGGAUUGGAUUGGAUGUUGAUUGAACAACUUACCAUCACUCGUGUAGAGUCUUGCUAGGAGUUCUCUAGUACCUAUCUAAAUGAGCAUUCCACAUUUGUGUGAUGUUAGGCUACUCAGUCACCACCCAUUCCUAUUUAAUGUGCUCUUCCCGCUCACCCCAAAUUUCAGAGCACCUGACGGAAGUUUUGACAUCUCAGUUGGUAUUUCUGUCUUUCUCUCAUUGAUAUUCUAGGAAAACUGCUGAAUCCUAUAUAAUUGUUGGUAGCCACUCUUAUAUUUGCACACAUGUUCUGUGUGGUAUUCCUGAAUAAUAAAUAUAUUAAAUGUUGAAUAAGUAAAAAUUGAAUAACUCUGAAGAUUGGGGACGUAAAGCUACUUAAAGGGCAAUAAUGACCAGUCCUGAUAGACCCCCUUCACAUAUAAGCUUAUGCCCUUCUCAACUACCCAUACUCCAAGCAUGUUUCCAGAUUAUCAAGAGCUCAAAAGUCUGUUUCCCCCAAUGUGCUGAACUAUGCUAACAAUCCCUGUUUUAUUUAAGUGCCCUGUGACCAAAAAGAUAUCUGUAUGUAUUCUUCUCUGAAUAAUACAAUAAAAAUAAUAAUUAAGCGGUUAA